AUGGAUGGUUUCCCUUUCAUCCCUGAGACCUCUGACUGGGAGUCCGAUACAGACAGGUUCAAUCUGUGGACGCAAAUCACAUCUGUGAGUAUCUGUCAGUCAGUCGAGGGGAAGGUCAUGGUAUUCAAAAGGGGGAGGUGACACGUACACUCACCAUUGAAGACUGAAGAGGGGCGCGCGCGCGCGCUGCGACAGUAUCUGAGGUCCGAUAAACCAAUGCUUCUCCAUCAACUAUCUUCACUUUGGCUGACAGACGCCGCACGUGCGCACUCUCAGGCAAAGUGGAUCAAGUCUUACAAGGAGUGGCUGGACAAGUCUGCGUCGCACAACAAGACACCUGCCACCCUAGGUCUUGGCCUGUCUGAUGUUGCUGGACCAUCUAGGCAACAGGACUCUGCGCCUUCCAGAGGCCCUUCACUGGAAGAGAUUCAGCGCAGAAAGUCAGCAAGCGCCCUGGCAACCGAAUUUGACUCGAUCAGAGCGGGCGGGAGCGCAAAGGAUUUCUUUGCAAAUCGCAAGAAAUCAGGCUCGAAGCUUUUCGGAAAAAAGCGCAGCGACGGGCAAGUCAAGGGUCAGGAGGAAGAGGCCACCAAUGUGUACGAUGCCAGCCACAAGCGUCAGGCCUCAAAGUCGCCGAUGCUAGAUGGAGCGGUUUGGCGCAAAUUGACGGGAAAGCGUCGUACGGACGAGUAA